AAUAAAUUAAAAUUAUUGGAUUUAAAAACCAUGCUUUGAGAGUGAUAAAACACAACAAAAUAAAAAACAGUUGUGUAUAAAGAAGUGCGAACAAAAACAAAUUUCAUUGUUUCCAAGACAUGAAUUAAACAAAAAAGACCCCUGCCAAGAAACUCCCCUAGAAGUGCUGCCAAAAUUAACAAACUAAAGGAGUUUAUAAAAACCUUAAGAUUCUUAAGUAUUGUGUUAAGAUAAUUUGCUAAAUAUUAAAUUAAAUUUACUUUAAAAUGCUUAAAAUCGAUAAUAACUUGGAUGGCAGCCCAGCCAUUAUGGAGCCUUAUGAUUCGUUGACCUUCUACAAGGAAGAAGCUUUAAAACCCGAUGUUGUCAGCGAUGCCGAUUUCAAAUCUAUCACAAUUACUUCUUCGGACUAUGAUGUCCUGGAUCAUUCGACAGACCGUUCGUUUCUGCUAAUGGAUGCCAAUGAAAAGCUGCAUAUCAAUACGCCCGAAUUAUUUUGUAAAAAACUUAAAUGUCCCAAUACGGCUAAAAUUAAAGUGGUAACCAUAUUUGGCAAUACCGGUGAUGGUAAAUCGCAUACCAUGAAUCAUGCUUUCUUCAAGGGGGAGGAAGUUUUUAAAACAUCCCCCGAACAGAAUUCCUGUACAUUGGGGGUGUAUGCUGCUAUGCAGCCCGAAGUAGGAGUUUUAUGUUUGGACACAGAGGGUUUACUCUCCACGUCUUCGCAAAGCAAUAGACGCACGCGUAUGUUACUUAAGAUUUUAGCCAUAUCAGAUAUAGUUAUAUAUCGCACUAGAUCGGAGCGUUUGCAUAGUGAUAUGUAUGAGUUUUUGGGCACCGCUUCUAAAGCAUUUUGUUUGCAUUUUUCACAAGCCUUGCAGUCCCUGUCCAUGCAGGGUUCGGCCAAUUUAGGGCCAGCUGUAAUAGUGUUUCAUGAAACCAGGCACACCAAACCUUUGCAAAAUUCUGUUGAAGAAAGUGCCGAGGAGAAAAUGCGCGAAAGUUUUGCCCGCUUAAAUUACGAUAUCAAGGCUUUCAGUUCAUUACGCUAUGUGGGCAUACAAACCUCUUCGACCGGCUCCACGGACUAUAGUAAAUUGAUUUUUGCUUUACGUUGUGAUUUAGAAAAUACCACAGUUCGAUCUCCCCGACCGCCUAGUGUUAUAUUCAAGGCCAUGCAUGCCUUGAAUAAAAAAUUCUCCGGCGAAAUUACGGAAAAAUCUAUAAACCCCUUUCCGGAACAGUAUUUCACUUGCCCCAUACUGUGUGCCUCCUGCAAUAGACGCUGCCAACGUUCCAUGGGCCACGAAACCGAAGCACAUCUCAAUUCCCAGCCCUGCCAGCAUCAACAUCAAUUCGAAAACAAGGUGGAACUAUGUAAAUCAUGCUACAAUAAUGGUCGUGAGGUUAUUGUUUCGCGCAUUGAUGGCUGGACUCAUUGUUCCAUAAAUUGUCCGCAUUGUGGCGAAAUAGCACGUACAUUUAAAUAUUGGAAUGGCACUCAGGAUUGUGAGGCUAUACGCUCGCAAACUGUUCAUGUGUGGAAGGAUAGCAAUUUGUUGGCCAAGGGACCCACACAUUCGGGACAAAUGGUUUUGGAUAAGGUGUCGUAUGUAUGUGAAGCUUUUACAAAUUUUUCGUCACAACCCACGGGAGCGUUGAAGGAAUGGUGUGCCGACAAGGUGGCACCGAAAUAUUGGAAGCCAAAUAAUGAAAUUACGCUCUGCUUUUCUUGCAAGAAAAACUUUGAAAAAACUGGCUUGCGUAAACAUCAUUGCCGCGGCUGUGGCGAAGGUUUCUGUGAUGCCUGCAGUCAAUACAGAAUGCCAGUACCUGCACGUAAAUGGUUUGAUUAUGUGAGAGUUUGCAGUGAUUGUCGCCAGCAAUUAUUAGUACAUCCAGACAGCAUGCCAGCAUGUGACCCAGAAACUAAUGAUAAUAAUCAAAACUCUCCAAAUCAUUCAGCAGGAAUAAUGGCGACAACUUCAGCAACCGGCAUUAGUGUAGAAGAAGAUGUUACGGUACGCAAAUGUGGUGAGACCCUAUAUAAUACGGUUAGUAAAGUUGCUACGGCGGCCAUUGAAUGCACCAAAGAAAUUAUUAAAGAUACGGCAAGACCCGACUACUGGGUACCAGAUGCUGAAGCUGUACGCUGUCACAUUUGCAAAAUGCAAUUUGGCACUGCCGAGGAAUUGGCGCUGGCACACGUCUCCAGCGACUCGCCCCAAAGUCCUCAGAAAGCAUUUAAAGGUGGUGAUUGUAAACGUCAUCAUUGUCGCAAAUGCGGCCAGGGUAUAUGUGCUGAGUGCUCGAAAACCCGUAGACCCGUACCUGAUCGUGGUUGGCUAGAUGAUGUACGUGUAUGUGAUGAAUGCGUGAAUGAUAUGUCGUCUGCGGCUGCAACCUCGUCGUCCUCACCUAACGGCAAUCCUCAUCAAAACUCGACGAAAUCCCCUUUAGAUGAUCCAAAAACCAAAGUUGAAUAAUUUCAUUUGUUUCGAUUGUUUAAGAUAAUUUAGAGACUAUGUACUCUACAGUCUUGUGUUUUAUAGUUUUUUUGCAACGUCUUCUUCUUGUGAUAUUGAAUACCAUUAUUAUUAUAUGUAUGUUAACAACAAAAAAAAUCAUAUAUAGUAUAUAUAUAAUAUAAAAGGUUAGUAAAAAAAAUAAGUAUGUUGUUGAAUUUAACAGAAAAAAAAAGAAUAUUUUGUAAACAUUAUUUCUUUUUUAUUAUUUGUACAUAUCAUUCUUCAAUUUAGAGUUUUAAAACCAAUUGUAUUUGUACUAUUUUUUUUGUUUUUUGUAAGAAAAAAGUUUAGCAAGGCAUUUCAGUAGAGUAUGUAUCAAAUCAGCUGGCAUCGUUCAUCAUAAUGUGGCCUUUCCUUGAGAUAUUUACUAUUUUUUAAAAAUGCUUAUUAAUUUUGGUUCUCAAUAAAUCAAAUUAAAAAAAAUAGUAAAGAAAUUUAAGCCAUAUUUGAGGUGCUGCUUUAUAGUUAUAUAGAAUAGAAGAAAACAAAAGAUCCUGGGGUGUUGUGGGUAAAAAAAGAAGCUUUGAUUUAAGGAAAAUGUGUUACGAUAAUAAAAUAGCCAUAUACCAAGUUUGUUAA